UGUGGGAGUGCGGAGAGAGGCGGAGGGAGAACCCGGUGAGCAGAGGGAGGAGGAGCGGAGGGAUCACAGGGGGAGGGCAGCCGCUGCCAGCACCGCCGCUUAAAGGGGAACCGUUAAAUAAGAAUAUAGAUCCGCAAGGUUGAAAGGGAGCCAGGAAACGUGUUUUAUUAUCGUGCUUGAGGCGUGGAAACAAACCACUGGGCUGUGAACCAUGUCUGUCCGGGAGUCCUUCAAUCCAGAGAGCUACGAGCUGGACAAGAGCUUCCGGCUGACUCGUUUUGCAGAACUUAAAGGCACCGGCUGUAAAGUUCCUCAAGAUGUGUUACAAAAACUGCUGGAAUCCUUGCAGGAAAAUCAUUUUCAGGAGGAUGAGCAGUUUCUUGGGGCAGUUAUGCCAAGGCUGGGAAUCGGUAUGGACACAUGCGUCAUUCCAUUAAGACACGGUGGUCUUUCUCUGGUUCAGACUACAGAUUACAUAUAUCCUAUUGUAGAUGAUCCUUACAUGAUGGGGCGAAUAGCUUGUGCAAAUGUACUAAGUGACCUGUAUGCUAUGGGAGUAACUGAAUGCGACAACAUGCUGAUGCUUCUUGGUGUUAGUAAUAAACUGACUGAUCGGGAAAGAGACAAAGUGAUGCCUCUUAUUAUCCAAGGUUUCAAGGAUGCUGCAGAAGAAGCAGGCACAUCUGUUACCGGGGGCCAAACUGUACUGAAUCCAUGGGUAAUUCUGGGAGGCGUCGCCACAACUGUAUGUCAGCCUAAUGAAUUCAUCAUGCCUGACAAUGCUGUGCCAGGAGAUGUUCUGGUUCUCACCAAACCUUUGGGAACUCAGGUGGCGGUAGCCGUCCAUCAGUGGCUUGAUAUUCCAGAGAAGUGGAAUAAAAUCAAAUUGGUUGUUACCCAAGAAGAUGUGGAAUUGGCAUAUCAGGAGGCAAUGAUGAACAUGGCACGGUUAAACAGAACAGCUGCUGGUCUCAUGCACACAUUUAAUGCACAUGCUGCAACAGAUAUAACGGGAUUUGGAAUUCUAGGACAUGCACAGAACUUAGCCAAACAGCAGAGGAAUGAAGUUUCCUUUGUCAUCCAUAAUCUGCCAGUUUUGGCCAAGAUGGCUGCAGUCAGCAAAGCUUGUGGAAAUAUGUUUGGUCUUAUGCACGGAUCUUGUCCUGAGACAUCAGGAGGCCUCCUCAUCUGUUUGCCGCGAGAACAGGCUGCACGUUUUUGUGCUGAAAUAAAGUCUCCUAAGUACGGCGAGGGUCACCAAGCAUGGAUUAUUGGCAUUGUAGAAAAGGGCAACCGCACUGCCAGAAUCAUAGACAAACCGCGGAUUAUUGAGGUUGCUCCGCAAGUGGCUACUCAAAAUGUAAACCCAACACCUGGUGCCACCUCUUAAUCUAGGCUAACAUAUAGCUUUUUUUGUUUUGUUUUUGUUUUUAAAUAGACCUUAUUCCUUACCAUCAUACAAUUUAAAUAAUUGUAAAGAAAAUAUAUAUAUAUAAAUAUAUAUCAUUGUGUCUGCCCAUUUCGUGGCCUUGGGUCAGUUUUACGAGUGGGUACGAUUUAAUAAGUAAAAAUCCAUUGCCUUUUUUUUUUUUUCUUUUUUUUUUCUUGUUACAUUAACUAAAGAUGCACCUAAUCUUAAGGCAGCUUCUAAGUUGAAGAAUGAUAUCCGAUACAGUUGAUUCAUUUUGAAUCUAUAGACACUUGUCUCUUGCCGCAUAGGCUCUUUUUUUAAAGGUGCUUUCACUCACGCACAGACAUUGCCAUUAGCAGCUAGUGUCUUCAUUUAUAUAUAUGUAUAUUUAUCAUUAUUCGUCUGACAAUGUUGGAUGCCUUUGGAAAUUAUGGAGAGGCAAUAAUUAUUCUGUGGGAACCGGCAUAGGAGGGUGCAUGAUUCCUUUUUAAAUAUGAUUUGUUUAUUUUAGUCUUUUGACUCUAGAUGCCUUGUACCCUCCACUAAGUAAUGCAUUGCUUAGUAAUGCACGCCUUAUUAACCUUAUAUAGUGCUGAACUGACUUCAGCGCUCAAGGGUUUAAGAGUGCUAGCUAUGCUUAAUAAAGCACUUCUGUUUAGGAAGAUCAUUUGAGAUUUAUUUUAUUGUUUUCUAGCUGAGACAAUUUAUGCCAUAUUAACAACUGUUUCCUAUGAGUAGCACAAGUAAAUUCAUUGACUUCGUGAUUAAAUGUUUUACAGUACAUCAGAAUUCCAGACCACGUCUCAAAAAUAAAAUAAAAAGUAUAAAAAAAAAUUAAAUAAAAAAAAAAAACUUUGCCUUUGGUCACUUAAAUUAAAUAAUUCUAAAUGUUCACACACAAAAAUACAAAACACUUUUUAAAUAUAAUCUGUAACCUUUCUGUUCUGUGGUUGGUAGUGUUUCAUACAUUUUUAUAUUUUGUAUAGUGAUUACAUGCCUUUAUAUAUUUUUUUUUUUCUUUAUAAAUCAGCAGCUGUUAAGUAGUUGAUAGCGCUUUUUUUUUUUCCUAUUUUGGUGCAUGACUUGUGAUCUUUCAAAAAGAAAAAUUACAUUGCCAACAUUGCAGCUUAAACUCCAAACUUGUUAUCCAAAUAAAUAUUUAAUUUUUUUUAUUGCUCUUGUACAAA